UCCGCACGUUGCAAUCAAGAUGAAAAGACUGGUGUUUAUUUGUGUUGUUUUGACCUUCAUCUUUACCAACUCUGAAGCUUGUUCAUGUGCAUCUAGACAUCCUCAAACACAGUUUUGUAAUUCCGAUUUUGUUAUCACAGCAAGGAUUUUGAGGCGGACUGCAACAGGCAGUUCAAGGUUUGAUGAAGUAUUUUACACAGUACUGAUUCUUCAAAAUUACAAGAGAAGACAACAUCCUUUAAGGCAUCCUGUACUAAGGAUUUAUACAGCCUCUAGUGGUGCAUCCUGUGGUGCAUUCUUCCGGAUUGGCCGUGAAUACAUCAUUAGCGGAAGUAUCCGAAGUCAAAAAUGGAAGACACAUAUGUGUAGGUGGAACCGUCAGUUGUCUUCACUCACCCAAUUCCAAAGAAAUGCACUGAAUUUCGGAUAUUAUAGAAACAAUUGUUCCUGUAUUGUCAGCCACUGUGGUUUUAUGGACGAUUAUUAUUAUUAUUCUGCAUGCACAGUUCCAAAGAAAAAUGAAUGUUUGAUCAUGAACAACAAAACUUGCUUCUAUCAGAAUGAUUCUUGCAUCCAAUAUGGGAGAAGAUGUCGUUGGCUCUCUAAUCAGCGCGCAUAUCGAUCCUUGAAUUAA